AUGAGGAAAUUUGCUGAAAUUGUGAAUGAUCUUGGGCUAGUGGAUCUUCCUCUUCAAGGGGGAGAAUUUACUUGGAAUGGGGGCCAAAAUAAUCAGACUUGGGCACGAUUGGACAGGUUCCUUGUGUCUCCUAGCUGGAUAGACCAAUUCAGUGGGAUUAAUCAGUGUAGACUGCCCCGUCCGGUAUUCGAUCAUUUCCCAAUUAUGUUAGUGGGGGGUGGGAUAAGACGAUGCCCGACUCCAUUCAGAUUUGAAAAUAUGUGGCUUAAGGCUGAGGGCUUCAAAGAGCUUGUGCGCAGUUGGUGGCAAGGAAUUGAUGUUAGGGGCAAUGCUAGUUACAAGUUGGCUACUAAGAUGAAGGAAAUCAAACAGAAGCUGAAAGUUUGGAAUAGAGAAGUCUUUGGUAAGCUGGAGUGCAACAAAUCUGUAGCCUUGCAGCAGGUGGAAUUUUGGGAUAGGGAGGAAAAUGAGAUAAUUCUGACUGUGGAGGAAACAGAGCUUAAGAAAGAGGCAAAAGAAAAUUACAGAAAAUGGGUGAUUAUGGAGGAAACGCACUAG